AUGAAUAGGGCCGAUAAGCCAAAAUCUCAAAAUCGAUUUUUGCCCGGACACUGCCUUCAAAUCUAUUCUUGUUUUUCUCAGAAAAAGGAAUGGAUGAUGACAACUUGUAACCACGCAAUGUACGCAAUAGUUGAUGUAUUCACACAGUUCUUCCCACAACUCAGCGAGCUAGUUUUACCAUCUAUCUACGAACAGUUCGCCGUUUGUAUACAACAGAAAAACGAGCAGCUAGCACGAUCUACGGUUAACUGUUUGGAGACUCUGAUUUUGCUCAAUGGCGAACGAUUCACCGAUGACAUGUGGGAGAAAACGGUCAAACUUUUCCGACGUCUUUUUGCAGCUACACUACCGAAAUCCCUGUUGACUUGGGAACCAGAUCGACCUGCUUCGGGUGCUGUAAAUGACUCAAACAACGAGGAGCUUGAUGGCAAAGUUCCGAGCAUUGACGGACGACCUAAUGGGUCAAUCCAUCCCGACGCUGUGUUCUCUGAACAAAUUGUUUUCUGUGUAGUGCAGUCAGAACUGGUGGAUGCGGUUACGUCUAUAGUUCUAGGAGCGAAGAAAAGCACAGAUGAAAUAGUUCUGAGCAUACCAGCGAUGAAGUCUGAACAGCCCAAUGGUUCAGACUACAAUAACACUGUCAGCAAAGGUUUGUUCAGUACCAUGGAUCCCAUUCUUUUACUGAGCCUUUGCGAUGCAUUGGGAGAGAGCCAGCGAUUAGCAAAGCAGUUCAACGACAACAAUGGACAGAGGACAUUGUUAUGGAAGGCUGGCCUUCGCGGUUCGAGCAAGCCCAAUUUGAUAAGGUCGGUUCCUAUAUUACAUUAUUUUAUACGAUUCGUUUCUAUUGCUUCUCUGCAUUUUGUCAUUUACUGCCUAUAAAG